UGAAACGUAUGUGCUGGGACGAGCGCACUCCGUACUGUAAUUGUUGAAAAGUUAGUGUAGCAACAACAAAGUGCAACGUAAACGCGUCGUGUGUGUUUGUUGUUUACGCUGAAGUGCGUGUGCGAGAUUUCUUACACACAAAAAUAACAACGAAAACUCAUAAUUAGGCUACGCGCUGAUUGAGUACGUGUGCGCGCGUUUGUGUUGGUGUGUGUACGCACAAAAACUCGUUGCCUACCUGAGGCAACGCCGCUUGACUCAGUUACAUUGGCGGUUAGCUGCUUUGUGCGUUUUUGUAUUACUCGCGUUCUUUUCGGUUUCUGCCUUUUGUGUUGUGUUUUUUGAUGCGCUUGAGGGAAUUCCAUGCGCUUUGAUGUUAUUUUCAUGUGACCCGACAGCAACAACAACAGCAAGCGCAACAUGAAAAGUGGCAAUAUAGUCAGUGCUCCAUAAAAUCGUGUGUAGCUGGUAUUUAUUUGCUGCGGCAGUGAAUGUGUAAAGAAGGAAGCAACACAAAGAAGUAAACGGCAGAGAGCAGCCGCAAAAAACAAUAAGCAUACAAUAAGAGGGGCAGUAGAUAAAUAAUAAGUGUUUGUGGCAUGCUAUAAUAAUGCUAAAUAACAACGCAGAUUGUUUACAUGGAAAUCCGAAAAGGAAUAUAUUACACAUAUAAUAAAAAAGUGUGCCUGAUAAGCUGCACAACGCUCUACGCUUAGAAUACGGGCGCGUUUGCGUAAUAUGCCAGUGACAAAGUUGUACUAGUUUACUUAAUAUUUACAAAAAACUACAAAUACAAAAUUUAAAAAAUAUUUUUUGAUAAUAAAAUAAGUGACAACAACAAAUUGUUAAGAUUAAAUACAAUGUGCUCCCAUAAAAUGUGUCGUCCCUACGCGAGCAUGUGCUUUGUAAUCUACUGCAUUAUCCUGCAAUUAGUUGCAACUGCUCACGCUGCGAACACCGGCACGGCAACGAAUCAACACAUGUCCAACGGUGUCAUCAGCGGCAGUAGCAGCAGUGGGGGCAUUGCCAAUGGCAACAAUGGAUUACAAUGUCAACGCAUCACGGUGCCGGCGUGUCAGGGUCUGGGCUACAACAUGACAGCUAUGCCGAAUUUAGCCGGACACACCAACCAGUUGGAAGCCGAACUGCGGAUGACGAAACUGCUGCCGCUAAUCGAAUCGUCCUGCUCGAAUCGAGCACGCUUUCUGCUUUGUUCCUCGCUUUUUCCGCUUUGCACACCCGAUGUACCGCGGCCGGUCACCGCUUGCAAGCAGCUCUGUGAGACGGUAAAAAGUGAAUGCGAAACGCAUGCUGAGCUCAUGCAAUUGUGGCCCGACUUUCUCAAUUGUGACACGCUGCCGCAGCCGGAGAAACAUGAGCUAUGCAUGCAGAUCCCACAAGAGUCCGAAAAGCAGCAGACGAACAUACAGGCACAUCCACCCUCACCACAGCCACAAUUUCAACAGCCAACACAGUUCUAUUGGCCGUGGUCCGCUUGGAAAAUGCCGCCACAUCUGAGUAAGAGCAUCGCGCCCAGCGCCAUCUGUCCACUCAACUUCACCGUCGACACCCUCAACGCAGAACUGUGCGUGCCGCAAUGUAACCGCGAUGCAUUUCACUCAACGCAACAGAAGAAAAUUGCCGAGGGUCUAAUACUCGGUCUCUCGGCAGUGUGCUUUGUUUUAACACUCUUCUCGCUGGUCACCUUCUGGGCUGAGCCUACGCGGUUUGGGUACCCCGAGCGUCCAGUGCUCUUUCUCUGCCUCUGCUACAACCUCUUCAGUGUUUGUUACCUGGAACGCAUCGUAUUUCACAACUCUACGCGUACGCUGGCUAUGAUCGAAGAUCCGUUGGGUAAAAUUAGCGCCGCCUGCUCCGUAACGCCGCCCUGCUUGGCCUCAUACAUCACCACAAGCUAUCUGAGUUUGUGCGCCGCCACCUGGUGGCUAAUUUUUGCGUUAUGCUUCUUCCUCUCAUCGCAUCAGAAGUGGUCGAGUGAGGCGCUCGAGAAAAACUCCGGUCUAUUUCAUGUGCUAGCUUGGGUGCCACCACUGGCGCCACCAAUUGCCGCGCUCCUAAUGGAACAGGUGCGCCCGAACGAGCUGACAGGCAUGUGCACAGCUUUCGGUUUUGUGGAGAUACCCGCUUUGGUGCUGCUAUUGCUCGGCUUAUUUUUCACAGUACGCGCCUCCAGAUCGCUACAUAUGCUGCAACAACAAAUUAAACCUAUUUUCGGACAUCAACGCUUUUCGCAAAUACGCAAACGCUUUCUAAUAUUCUCGUUGCUCUUCUUCAUGCCGACAAUAGCGGGCGUAUUGACUUCAUUUUUCGAGCGCUACAUCGACACGGUGCCCGCUUGCUCCACGCACGAAGACUGCGCACCGCCAGAGCAACGUACCGCUUGGCCGACGCUUAUACGAAUAUUCUUUCAGUUAGCGGGUGGCACAUUAACCGGCAUGUGGGUAUGGUCGCGGAAGACCUGCGAGUCGUACCGCAGUCGGCUGGUGGCCACGCCCACUUCUUCGACAACAACUAAGUCGAUCUCAUCGCUGCCGAAGAAGCACAUACACACGAAUGGCAAGUCGGUCAGCAGCGCUUUGUAUAGCGGCAUCAACUUCCACAAUGUACCGGUCUAUAAUCCGAAUCAAGCGCACGUGUAGCGCUUAAUGCUGGGUAUACCUGGAAACAGUGUUGCUGCUGAGCAACAACACAGUCCGAGGGAGGGUGUAUAUACUUUGGGAUUAUAUCUUUAAGGAAAUUACCGUUAAUAUAGUUUACACAAGUUAUCCUUUUAACUUCUAAAGGCUCGAGUAUUAUCGGGUGAUUUUUUUGAGGUUAGGAUUUUCAUGCAUUAGUAUUUGACAGAUCACGUGGGAUAUCAGA